CCUCUCGGAUCUCAGUGAUUGUUGCAGCUAGAGAUAUCAAGUUUGCCACGAAAAGCGGGGUUUUCUCUUCCUUUCUAGCCCAUAGUUGUGGGCAAGUUGUUCCAUCAAAAGGCUAAAUUUCAGAAUGACCAAGAAGGCUAAUGAUUUAUUAACUGAAAAAUUCUUUGGCCAGAUCAGAUCUAAGAAAAGAGGGUCAAUUGGACAACUUAACAAAUGCAUGAAAAUCACUGGGGAUAGGUGUGAGAUAACAACUUUGUCAACCUCGCCAGUCCCGCCGUUAUCACGCCGGUUUAUCCACCCUCGUUCAAGGACUUUGAAAUAAAGUGUUCUGCCAAAGUAGCAACACUGAAACCAAACUGACGUUGCAUCGUCAAAACAAACGGAAUGAACCUCAGCCUCAAGAAGACAUCAAGAACAAAUAUUCUUUGAUUGGCGAUCCGUCACCUCCGAUUCGAUCAAGCCAUUCAAUAUGGACUUUCUCAAGGCUGAAAUUGAGCGAAAGAAACGGGCUAUUGCUCAGACCAAUGUUAUGGCCCCGGAUAAGAAGUACUUCAAGCGAGGGGAUUUGAGUGCCAAACAAGAAGAGGAUUAUCGGAAGAAGUACGGUCCCCAGAAACCCGACUCUCCGCCUAAAGUAGAAGAGGAUGUGGUGCGUGAUCAAUCAACCAGCCAACAUUCAGGCGAAUCUGGACCGAAUAUGCCCGCAUUACCACGGGUUGAAGUGAUUCGUCGUCUCAGGGAACGACUAGAGCCCAUCCUAGUCUUUGGUGAAGAGGAAGAGGAGGCGUGUCAACGGCUACGACAAAUCGAAAUGGACGAACCAGAGCCAGUCCAAGGAAUUCGUAAUGAUUUCAAAGAUGCCAUGGAUAAAGUGGACCAGGUUUAUCUACAAGAAGUGCUGGCCUCGCAAGUUGGAGAGGGUGAAGAGGUGGAGCCCAGCAAGCGGACCAAGUACGAUACCCAAUUGUAUGAAUCCGAAAUCACCUACGAUGACCUCUUAGAAAUGGUCAAGAAAAUCAACCAAGGCGACAUAGCCCACGAUCAUAAAGUAGUCAACGAGUUCAUCAAGCUCAUGCUCAAGUUAUGGGGAGCCGAGUUACAAGAGCGGGAUGAGGCCACCAAAAUGUCCAUUAAAGGCAAAAUAGAGGCUGGUACGUAUGCCCAAACAAGAACAUAUUUGAAGCCCCUCAUUCGGAUGUUGCGGAAACAGACGGUCACGGAUGACAUCCGAGACUCGCUUUUGAAAAUGAUCCGUUUCGCAUUAGAACGAAAUUACAUCACUUGUAACGAAGCCUACAUGGAAAUGGCCAUUGGAAACGCUCCUUGGCCCAUUGGAGUGACGAAUGCGGGUAUUCACGCCCGUCCGGCCCGUGAAAAUAUCUAUUCAAAACACGUGGCGCACGUGUUGAAUGACGAAACACAGCGCAAAUACAUUCAGGGGCUCAAACGAUUGUUCACGAAAGCCCAACAGUAUUACCCCACGGACCCUUCUCGGUCCAUCGAUUUCACCCGAAAAGAGUAACGACGGGGCCAAUGUCGAGUUUCAGUGAGGUGUAAAAUAUAUUUCAGUUUCAUGUUGAA